GAGGGGCGGGGCUACAUCGAGGGGCGGGGCUACACCGGCGCGUGCGCAGUGCGCGGGGAGCGCGGCCUCCCCCGGCGCGAUGGCCGAGGAAAAAAUGGAAAUCGCCACUCCUCCAACAUCAAAGUGUAUUAUAUACUGGAAAAGAAAAGUCAAGUCUGAAUACAUGCGUCUUCGGCAGCUCAAGAGAUUUCAGGCAAACAUGGGAGCAAAGGCUCUGUUUGUGGCCAACUUUGCAAAGGUUCAUGAAAAGACUCAAAUUCUUAAUGAAGACUGGAAGAAACUUCGAGUUCAACCAGUGCAGUUGAUGAAGCCAGUCAGCGGGCACCCCUUCCUAAAACAGUGUACAGUUGAGAGCAUUUUUCCAGGAUUUCCAAGCCAGACAUUGUACAUGAGGACGCUGAACACAGUGGCACUGGUGCCUAUCAUGUACUCCUGGUCCCCUCUUCAGCAGAACUUCAUGGUGGAGGAUGAAACUGUUCUGUGCAACAUCCCUUACAUGGGAGAUGAAGUGAAGGAAGAGGACGAAACCUUCAUUGAGGAGCUUAUUAAUAACUAUGAUGGGAAAGUUCAUGGAGAGGAAGAAAUGAUUUCAGGGUCAGUCCUCAUCAGUGAUGCUGUCUUCCUGGAGCUAGUGAAUGCCCUGAAUCAGUACUCAGAUGAGGAAGAGGAAGGACACAAUGAUCCUGAAGUCAAACAGGAGGAUGGGAAAGAGGAACUGCCAGUCACAAGGAAAAGAAAACGAAUUGCAGUGGAAGGUAACAAGAAGUGUUCCAAGAAACGGUUUCCAAAUGACAUGAUAUUCACUGCCAUUUCUUCUAUGUUUCCUGAAUAUGGCUUCCCAGAUGACAUGAAAGAGAGGUACCGAGAGCUCACUGAGGUGUCGGAUCCGAAUGUUCUGCCCCCGCAGUGCACUCCCAACAUCGACGGGCCAUGCGCAAAGUCGGUGCAGCGGGAGCAGUCCCUGCACUCCUUCCACACGCUCUUCUGCCGGCGCUGCUUCAAAUAUGACUGUUUUCUGCAUCCUUUUCAUGCUACUCCUAAUGUGUACAAACGAAAGAACAGAGAGACCAAGAUUGAGCCAGAUCCUUGCGGAGCAGACUGUUUCCUCUGGCUGGAAGGAGCGAAGGAGUUUGCUGCACUGCACAAUCCCAGGUCCAAGUGCUCAGGCAGGCGCCGCCGGAGGCACCAUGUGGUCAGUGCCUCCUGUUCAAAUGCCCCAGCUUCUGCGGUUGCUGAGACAAGAGAGGGAGACAGCGACAGAGACACAGGCAAUGAGUGGGCUUCUAGUUCCUCGGAGGCAAACUCCCGCUGUCAGACCCCUACCAAGCAGAAGCUGAGCCCGACCUCAUCCCAGCUGUUUGCAGUGGAGGCGCAGCAGGAGCCAGUUGAGUGGACAGGAGCUGAGGAGUCCCUCUUCCGUGUCUUCCAUGGGACCUACUUCAACAACUUCUGCUCCAUCGCCAGACUGCUGGGAACAAAGACAUGCAAACAGGUCUUUCAGUUUGCAGUGAAAGAGUCACUUAUAACAAAACUGCCAACAAAUGAAUUGAUGAAUCCAUCACAGAAGAAAAAAAGGAAGCACAGGCUGUGGGCUGCCCACUGCAGGAAGAUUCAGCUGAAGAAAGAUAAUUCACCUACGCAGGUGUACAACUACCAGCCCUGUGACCAUCCUGAACAUCCCUGUGACAGCUCCUGCCCUUGCAUUAUGACCCAAAAUUUCUGUGAGAAGUUCUGCCAGUGCAACCCUGACUGUCAGAAUCGCUUCCCAGGCUGCCGCUGUAAGACCCAGUGCAACACCAAGCAGUGCCCAUGCUACUUGGCCGUGCGGGAAUGUGAUCCAGACCUCUGUCUGACCUGUGGGGCAUCAGAGCACUGGGACUGCAAGGUUGUGUCCUGCAAGAACUGCAGCAUCCAGCGCGGUCUCAAAAAGCAUUUGUUGCUGGCACCAUCAGAUGUUGCUGGCUGGGGGACUUUCAUCAAAGAAUCUGUGCAGAAGAAUGAAUUCAUCUCUGAAUACUGUGGUGAGCUUAUUUCACAGGAUGAAGCUGACCGGCGAGGAAAGGUCUAUGACAAGUACAUGUCAAGUUUCCUCUUCAACCUCAACAAUGAUUUUGUUGUUGAUGCCACUCGCAAAGGAAACAAAAUCCGCUUUGCCAACCACUCCGUGAACCCCAAUUGCUAUGCCAAAGUUGUGAUGGUGAAUGGAGACCACCGGAUAGGAAUCUUUGCCAAGAGGGCCAUCCAGGCGGGAGAGGAGCUCUUCUUUGAUUACCGGUACAGCCAGGCAGAUGCCCUGAAGUAUGUUGGCAUAGAGAGGGAGACUGAUAUCAUCUGAACUGUGCGCCAGGCGGUCCCCACACAUUUUGCUGCUGCACCUUGUAAGCAAUGCCAUGUUUGCUUCACGCUGACAUGACUGCUGCCCAUGCUCCCCUUGUUGUGUGUGUCACAAGUGCUACUUUCCACCCAGACACCUGGAGAGAGAUUCAGGGCAGGAGCAUGAGUGGCUGCCACCAGGACAGCAGCUCUGCCCAGCCCCAGGAUGGGGCAGGUUCCAGCACCUUGCACUGCUGGUAAUCUCCUGUGCUGGAGAGACCAAGCAGCUGGGGCUUGAAGAAGAGCUGUGUUGCAGGAGGAGGGACAGUCGCCAGUUCUUAGUCUCUUUCCAUUUUCUGUCAACCGCUAGAAGAAGAAGAGUGAGUGAAGUACACUUGAGACCUGGAGGGCACGGCUGAAGGGUGACAGGACUGGCAUUCUCCUCCAGCCCCUGUCUGGGACAAGCUCUGGUCUCUGGUGCUACCUUUUGCUGCCUGUUCUGUUGCAUUGGCUAGGACAGUGACAGCAUUGGAAGCCAUAGAGAUGUAUCCACACUCCUGCACGUCCCUAGGUUCCUCAGCUACUAUCACUGGGGCUCUGUUUUCCCUCUGUCUCAGCUGGCUGGAGGACAGAGACCACCAGCAUGUGGCUCCUUGGGACAGGAAGAGCAGCACUAUGCAAAAGUCUCUUUGGGCAGGGAAGCCACUGAGCUGGUUAGAGAUGAUUUUACAGGAGUGCUGCUGCAAGCACCAUAGGAGUCCAGAGGAAGCAUGCACCCAGGAGCACGAGGAAGCCCUUGCCUGCAGCAUGCUCUCAUGGCAGGCUGUGGAUUGGCUGCGUGGUUCUUGCAUAUCUGCAGCUGCUCUGCUGCCUGUGUCUUCUGGGGCUGGGGCAGCUCUGAGGCUGUGUGGGGAACUGUGCUUGGCUGUGGCUGCGUCCAGCUUGGGAACCAAGCUUUUGCUUGGAACGUCAGUGCUCCAGGCAGGUGCAUCCUGGCCACAGAGUACUAAAGCUGGUUGUUUCUCCAGCCUCUGUGGGAAUGGUCCCUAUCAGAGAGACGUGAGCUCUUUGAGACAUUGCAGACCCUUCAGGAGCCAGCAGGGUCCUCUCAGGUUGAGAACCUUUCUCAUUGCACAAAAUUGCUUGAAUGUUGCAGUGGUGAGGUUUGAGCAGAGCACAGCACUCAUACCUGCCGUGUGUGUUGACAAAGGGGAAGCUCUGUGGAUACUUCUGGCAUUCUGGUGCUGGCUUUGGCUUUGGGGAUAAAGGGGGAAACGUUCUUUGGCAAAGUGAGGUUUGGCAUUAGCACCCCAUGCAAAAAGAGAAAGAAAAAAGCACUUUAAAUUAAGCCUUCUCAGCCAGGCAGCUGGGCCCUUUGCGCCGCCCAGGGUGCUCUCAGGCUGAGGGACCACAGACCUUCCACACCACUGCUGUCCUUCAGCAGCACCUUUGCAGGGACAUCUGUUCAGGCCUGGGACUGGGCAGCUUGGAAGAAUGGAUGGCUGCGUGGCUGGAGCGGGUGGCUGGAGGGGUGGCUGGCUGGCUCUUCCCUGAACAAGGGGCUGGGCUUGAAGGAUGGGGCUGUCCUGUAGGAGCCACAUAUGCCACCAGCUGGCCUGGUGCCAGAUGCUGGACACUGCUGGAUUCCUGUGCCAGCCUGGAGCAGUGCUGCAGGAUGGUGUUUGCCCAGGAUUGGGCCCGUUGCCCUGCUGCUCUGGGAAGUGUGAGGCUCCCACACAGGGCUUGGCCCCAUCCCAGUAGCACACCUCCCAGUGCAGAGAGCGCCCUGGGUCUGCGCCAGGAGCUGAGCCCUCCCCAGCACAGGUGUGGUCCUGCCCUGCCUGCUCUCAGUCCUGUCUUGGGGGUUUGGGUCUGUGUGGAGCAGCACUUGUACCCCAGUCCCACUCCUUCGCCCUCUGCCCCUUUCCUGCCUCCGUCCCACAGCUCAUCCCAGUCCCACUGUCCACUCAGUGUCCUCUGCCACCUUGGCCGUAUCUGCACUAUGCCAGGCUUGUGUCUGUGGUUUGUUGACAGUGACUUAUAAUGCACUUUAAAACUUA